AGAGUGAUGUUGACCUCGCUCUCUCUUAGAGAUUAGGCGCAAGAAGCCAACGGCCACGACCCCUUCCUCCUUUCCUUCUUCAACACCGCCAUUUUUUCUCUGUAAGUCUAGAGAGAGAAAGCAAAGACUUCAACCCCCGUAGAUAUCCUUUCCUUCCUGGAAACGCCUCAAUUCCCUCUUUAAAUCAUACCCCUCCUCGCUCACCACACUUCAAUUCUAUCUGUGAUCCUUAGAUUUCAUUUUCUCUCUCUAAAAAGGCACGUUGCAGAACCUGUGGAAUCGAGGGAGGAUCUUCAGAAGAGAGAAUGAAGAAAGUGGUUCUGAAAGUCGAUUUGCACGACGAUGAAAGCAAGAGGAAAGUAUUGAGAGCAGUGACGAGUCUCCCAGGCAUUGAUUCCGUAUCAGUUGACAUGAAAGACAAUAAACUAACAGUGGUUGGAGAUGUGGAUCCAGUCCAUAUUGUGGGCAAAUUGAGGAAGACUCGGCACACUGAGAUCUUAACAGUCGGCCCCGCAAAAGAACCAGAGAAGAAGAAGGAGGAGCCAAAAAAGGAUGAUGCCAAGAAAGAUGAACCAAAGAAGAGUGAGAAAGAACAGAUUGAAGAACUGGCGAAACUUUACAGGGCCUACAAUCCUUACAUGACGACUCACUACCAUGUCACAAGUGCAGAGGAAAACCCAAAUGCUUGUGUCAUAUGUUGAUCAUCAAUUUGUUCUACUUCGAAAAGUUGCAGAGAGAGAUAGGGGCUCUUGCGGCUGAAUUCGUAGAGCCCAUAGCGUUUGUACAGAGUAAAAUCUAUCGAAAACCCGAUCUCUUGGUGUUUUCAUAUUUUUUAUUUAUGAGUUGUAUGUAUUCGUAUGAGUUUAAGUGACUGUGGGUGCAGAAUUCAUGUUUUGCGACCUCUAAUUUUGUGGAGUUCAUGAAUUUUGGGAUCUCUGUAUCUCUCUUUC